AUGAACAAGUGGAAUGAAUUAAGGAUUAGACUACGGAAAGAGGAAACUAUUGACAAGGACUUGCAGCAUCAAAUAACAAAGGAGAAAGAACGUGUCAGGCAAGUUUUGUUAAGAAUAAUAGCCAUUGUGAAAUAUCUUGGUAAACGCAACUUGGCUUUUCGCGGAAACAGUGAGCAACUUUACAAGGAUGAUAAUGGUAAUUUCUUAGCUUGUGUUGAGAUGAUUGCAGAAUUUGAUUUGGUAAUGCAAGACCACCUUAGACGUAUCCAGAACAAAGAAAUUCAUUACCAUUAUCUCAGUCAUAAAAUUCAGAACGAGUUGAUAUCUCUUUUGGCUGCUGACAUCACAUGUUCUAUCAUAAAGGUUGUUAAAGAGGCCAAGUAUUUCUCUGUUAUCCUAGAUUGUACCCCUGAUGUCAGUCAUCAAGAACAAAUGACUUUUUUAGUUCGUUGUGUUAAUUUGUCGGAUGGGAAAAUAAAAAUUGAGGAGUAUUUUCUGGGGUUCUUGAAGGUUGAUGACACUUCUGGCUUAGGGAUUUUUAAAGUACUGCUUGAAUCUAUGGAGACUUUUGGCUUAAAUAUUAAUGAUAUAAGGGGUCAAGGAUAUGACAAUGGUUCUAACAUGAAAGGAAAAUACCGAGGGGUACAAUCUAGGUUACUUGAUGUGAAUCCAAGAGCAUUAUACAUGCCAUGUGCUUGUCAUAGUCUUAAUCUCACUCUCUGUGAUAUGGCAAAAACAUGUGAGAAAGCUGUUUCAUUUUUUGGAAUUGUUCAGCGCAUAUAUAUAUUAUUUGCUGGUUCUACGAAAAGGUGGAAUGUUUUGCUUAAACAUGUUCCUAGUUUGACUGUGAAAUCAUUGUCUAACACUCGCUGGGAGAGUCGAAUCAAAAGUGUUACAGCAAUAAGAUAUCAAGCCAUUGAGUUAAGGUCAGCUUUGUCUGAGUUACGUGAUGCUUCUGACACUGAACCUAAGGAUAAAAGCGACGCAAAAAAUUUAUUUGAUGCACUUGGUCGCUUUGAGUUUCUAGUUGGUAUGAUUAUCUGGCAUGAUAUUCUGUUUGCUGUAAAUAAAGUUAGCAAGAUGCUGCAAUCGUCAACCAUGUGUAUUGACUCUGCUUUGAAGCAAAUAAAAGGUAUAACAGAAUAUUUUGAGAAGUACAGAGAUGAUGGGUUUUCUUCAAGUUUGACCAUCGCCAAAGGUAUUGCGACUGAAAUGGGAAUUGAUCCCGUGUUUCCAAUGAAACGUCAUGCUAAGAGGAAGAGACAGUUUGGUGAAAGUGAUUGUCAAGAAGAAAUUCUAGAAGCUGAGAAGGCUUUUCGUGUUAAAUAUUUUUUUGUUUUGGUUGAUAUGGCGGUCACUUCUUUGAAGGAUAGAUUUAAAGAACUAAUGGUGUUCAAAGAUAUCUUUGGAUUUUUAUUGAGCUCGGGCACCCUGAAGUCAUUAAGUGAUAAUGAACUUGAAGAGUGUUGCACAAAAUUUGCAGAAACAUUCUCUCUUGAUGGUUCAUCUGAUGUAGAGGUAUAUGAUCUUAUUUCUGAAUUGAAGAUUAUGAGAUUCACUUUGCCAAAUGGCGUAAUGUCUGCCAUGGAGAUUUUUGGGCAUGUUAGAGAAGUUGAUUGUUAUCCGAAUAUCUCCAUUGCUUAUCGCAUCUUAUUUACUGUGCCUGUGACGGUCGCAUCGGCCGAGAGAAGCUUUUCAAAGCUGAAAUUGUUGAAGAAUUAUUUGAGGUCAACAAUGACUCAAGAAAGGUUAAAUGGUUUGGCUACAUUAUGCAUCGAGAAGAAAUUAUUGGAUGAGAUUGACAUCGACCCUAUCAUAAGCGACUUUGCAUCGAGGAAUGUUAGAAGACAUUUUUAA